UUGAAAUUAGGUUUUAAUGGUUUGUAUUAUAAAGCUAAAAUUUACAAGUACAAAAAUCUGAAAUCUUCGUACAACUAGACAUAAUUUUCUUUGCAUCCUUUUGAACUCAAGGAGACGCAGUUGAAUUUUCAAACUGCACAUUUUUUUUCCCACUCAUUUUUGUCCCAACACGUCACUGUGAGUCUGAAACUUGAAGUAAACGUUUUGUUCAUGCACUCGAGUAAGCUCGUUUGUUGAAAACCUUUGUGUAAAAAUUUCCCCCUUAGACAAAAAAUUCUUUGAUUUCAUAUGAAAGAAUCUCUUGUUGAAAACUCUUUAAAGAUUUAUUUGUAUUGUAUUUUUAUCUUGUUAUAGAUGAGCAAAUAUAAAGAAAGUUAGCAGAGAUUAGGUGUUAUAUGAAAGAAACAUUUGGCAAUGUUCUCUUGAGCUUUGUUACACUGCCAGUUCCCGAAUGACACUAUUUAAAGCAUUUUAACAAUGGCUGAAUGUUCGAAUGAAACUGUAAAACAAAAGAAUUGCGUGAAAGAAGAAUUGGUAGAGCAAGGAGGACCUGUAUUCGAUCCACCAGUAUAUAUUCAGAGGUACACUACUGUGCGUGAUAUAUUGUACAAAACACCUGGAAUUUACAAGAUUGUCGACUUUGGAUGUGCUGAAGGAAAAUUUAUUAAGUAUUUACGAAAGUUACCAUUUGUGACUGAAAUUGCCUGUGUUGAUGUAAAUGAAGCUUGUCUAGAUUUAGCUGCUAGUAUUUCACGACCAACUGCAUGGGAUCACGUGUUUAAAAGACAUGAAGAUCUAUCUAUCAAGAUAUUUAAAGGAAAUGCUGGUGAAAAAGAUUCCAGAUUGCUGGGCUACAGUGCUGUUACUUGUAUUGAAUUAAUUGAACACCUACAAUCAAGUGAUUUGGCACCCCUUGUUUCAAACAUUUUUGGCUAUAUUCGUCCAAAAAUUGCCCUUUUCACUACUCCAAACUCAGAAUUCAAUGUUUUGUUUCCACAACUUAAAGGUUUUCGCCAUUGGGAUCAUAAAUUUGAAUGGACGAGAGAAGAAUUCAGACAAUGGUGCAAAGGUGUGAUUGAUGAGUAUACAGAUUAUACAUUUGAAAUGCAAGGGGUAGGGGAACCUCCUAAUGAAUACUCACAUCUUGGUGGAUGUUCGCAAUUAGCUGUUUUUAGGCGAAAUAUUCUUGCGGAUUCUCCUAUGAAAACAAAUUGUUCUGAUCAUUCAUAUGUAAUGAUCGAUGAGAACUGUUAUCCUGGGAGAGCCUCUCAACCAGUAUCUAAAUCUAAUGAAAUUAGCUCAGAAUCUGAAGGAUGUCAAAAUAUUAUGGGUUUAGGAGAGAUGUAGAAUGAAUUUUCAUCUGCCAGACAAAGUAAUCAACAUUACUCUUAUGCCUUAUUCAAAUGAUUUCUUUUCUACACGCUUUUUCUAUUAAAAAAAUAAAUAAAUAAAAAUAUUUUAUUUUACUUUG